GAAAUCCCUUGUCGUGCUGUGGGUCUCAUUGUUCUCAUCACAAUUUGUUCCUAGUCACUACUACCGUGAUCUUUAUCAACGAUUGCAGGGCCUUACACAAGGGUCCAAAAGCGUUGAGGAUUAUCACUAGAUGGAAAUCGCAAUGGUUAGAGUGAAUGUGGAUGAGGACAGAGAAGCAACUAUGGCACGGUUUCUGCAUGGCUAAUGUGGCAGAGCUGCAGCAUAAUGUGGAAUUAGAAGAUAUGGUGCAUAUGGCGAUGAAAGUAGAACAGCAACUCAAGUGUAAAGGAGCCACCACCAGAACUGGGCAGAAACCAAGACAUCAAGUGUUUUCGAUGCUUUGGAAGGGGGCAUGUUGCAUCGCAAUGUCCUAUGGAGAAAUUGAAACUGAGGGUGAAUCUGAUGAUGAAUCUAUGCCACCAUUAGAAGAUGCUAAUGAUGGUGUGGAAUAUGCCGUUGAUGGAGAACUGCUCGUCACCAGAAGAGCUUUGAAUGUGCAAGCCAAAGAAGAUGAUGAAGUACAACGUGACAAUAUAUUUCAAAUGAGGUGCAAUGUCAAAAACAAGGACUUCAAGGACGUGUUUCCAGAGGACAUCCCUAAUGAUGAGAACCCCAAAGAGAACAAUGAGACCUACAGCACGACAAGGGAUUUCUAAACUCCAGGAAAGCUAAAUCAGGUUUAUAAUAGGACCUUGACCCAUUGUUUAUGUCGCAACAAGAACCAAAGGUAAAAACCUUGACCCGUUGUCUAUGACGCAACAAGAACCAGAGGUAUAAAGUUGGUUGACGCCA